AUGAUCGAUGAAAACCUACCUACGUUCUUCCUCAAGAACAAUUCAAAACAACCUCAGAUCAGCACGAUAUACCAUCGUCAACAUGGCAAUGACCCCGAACCUGCUUACUCCUUGCGCGCCCUUGACCCCGCCGCCCCAACAUCACAAAACCGCUACGGAGUCGCGCUGUAUGACCCUUAUGUGACAGAUGUGGUCUACGGCGAGGUUGCUGUGGCUCCAGAUUGGACCCAACCGAGUCUGUCGGCAGACACAAUACGAGCAAAUGGCGGCAUUGUACCGCCCCCAGAACCCAUCCUCCCUACAGAGUUCACUAUCCAACUCUACAACCCCGACCAAGAGAUCACAGUGAAAUAUCAUACCAAAUCGUGGAACAAACCAGCACGGUGGGAAUUUGAGAUGCCGCAAAACACAUUCCGGGUUCCGUCCACUUCAGCGCUAGACCAGACUCAGAUCGACCCCUCUCUUGCAGACGUUACUCCGAAGUUGAGGUUCAGCUGGCGCAAGGAUGGGAAGCUGUCUAAGGAUUUGACAUGUCUGUUGCACGGCAAAACUUCAACAAUUUCCGACACCCGUACAAAGAGCCGUGAGCCAGAUAUUACGGUCGCUUUAUUCCAAGGGCUCAAGGAGCUUACUCUCUACGAGCCCAAUCUUUAUCGCGUCGAGAUGGAAGAUACCAAGGGUUUGGAGGUCGUAUUACUCUUGGCUGCUGUUGCGAUUCGAGAUAUUUUCUUUGGGCCUGCCAAGGAGGCUUUUCAUAUCACCCCCGGCGGGCCGAACCAAGCUCGCAAGCAAGCCGUAGGGUCAACUGCAACUGCGGCGGUGGCCACACCAGCUGGUGAUCCCAGGCGCGAUCAGAGGAACUCACAGGCUCGACCUCCUGGCACAGAAAUGGGCAGAAAGCCAUCGACCCCUCGGCUUAGCAUCCCGAACUCCUCAUCCCCGGCCCCACAAGAGAGGAGGCGACAGGACGAACUUGCAAGACAGGAAGAGGAGCGACGAACCCAGGAGGUUCUCGCCGCAGAACAAAAAGCACGUCGUCGGCGGGAGGCAGAAGUUGAAAAAGAAACGAAACGCCUGCAGCAGUUAUACGGGGAGGAAGAAGAGCAAGCACGAAUGCAACGACAUACUCCAGCUCCAUCUUCCAGGCCCUACCUCCCGCCUCGACACACUGGACCUGGUCAGCCUUACUCCCACCAAUACUCUCAAUCUUCAGUCCAACUUUCCUCCCAACCUGCAGGUCGUCCAUCCCAUCAUCCCCGUCAACAGAAUUCCCACGGAGUUCCCAACAGCCCAUACCUCCAUGCACCGGGUCGCAUGGAUCCCCGAGCCCAAUCCUCCACACACCUUAUGCAGUCGCGACCACAACAGCCACGUCCACAGCCCAGACCACAGUCCACAGUUGGGUUCCACCAACAACCAACCAGCAGUGGUGCUCUCCCAGCAGCAUCGAGGCCAACGCCACAAGUCCAACCAAAAAAGAGCAGUUUCUUUGGGUUCCGGCGCAGCAAGGAGGAAAGUACUACCAAGCUUGAAAAAAAGCGGAGUUCUAUGGUCUGA